AGACCCGCGGCCCGAGCGAGGGGUCCGGGUACGGCAGGCCAAAUCCCUGCGGGAAUAAACCUUGUCCCCGGGCCGGCGGCCAAUCCCUGGGGGCUGCGAGGGGCCCCGGCAAGGCCAGCGGGAAUCUGGGUCACCGGGAGCGUAAACAGCUCCUUGGCCGGCGAGGCGCGUCCCGCGGGGAGCUCCUGUUUGCUCGCCACCCCUGCCAAGCCCGGCUCCGCGGCGAUGCUGCGCGAUCCUUGAACCCUGCGGCCACACCGCCCGCCGGGAGCGCGGCCCGGCCGCCGCUGGCUUAUCUCCGCGGAACUGCCCCUCCGGCAUAAAUAGCGGCGGCGGAGCCCGGCCGCUCAGACGGGACGAGCAGCAGCGGUGGAGAGAGCCGGUCCAGCCAAGAUGAGAGCCGCGGUGUUGACCCUCGCCCUGCUCUGCCUGGCGGGCACCCAGGCCCGCUCCUUCUGGCAGCACGAUGAUCCCCAGGCACCCCUGGAUCGCCUCAAGGACAUGGUCGAUGUGUACCUGGAGACAGUGAAGGCCAGCGGCAAGGAAGCCAUUGCCCAGUUCGAGGCCUCCACCGUGGGCAAACAGCUGGACCUGAAGCUGGGCGAGAACCUCGACACGCUGGGCGCAGCCGCCGCCAAGCUGAAAGAGGACAUGGCCCCCUACUACAAAGAGGUGCGGGAGAUGUGGCUGAAAGACACCGAGUCCCUGCGCGCCGAGCUGACCAAGGACAUGGAGGAGGUGAAGGAGAAGAUCAAGCCCUUCCUGGACCAGUUCGCUGCCAAGUGGACGGAGGAUCUGGAGCAGUACCGCCAGCGCCUGGCACCCCUCGCCCAGGAGCUGAAGGAGCUCAGCAAGCAGAAGGUGGAGCUGCUGCAGCAGAAGCUGACCCCGGUGGCCGAGGAGGCGCGGGACCGUCUGCGCGGGCACGUCGAGGAGCUGCGCAAGAACGUGGCGCCCUUCAGCGAUGAGCUGCGGCAGAAACUGAGCCAGAAGCUGGAGGAGAUCCGCGAGAAGGGCAUCCCCCAGGCCGCUGAAUACCAGGCCAAGCUGGUGGAGCAGCUCAGCAACCUGCGCGAGAAGAUAACGCCCCUGGUGCAGGACUUCAAGGAGCGCCUCACCCCCUACACCGACACCCUCAAGGCCCGUUUCCUCAGCAUGCUGGAGGAGCUCCAGAAGACCGUGGCCUGAGCUGCCGGCCGGCGCGGCCAGGGACUGACCCCAGCCCCGCUCCGCGGCCGCCCCGGGCGCUCCCUGCCCUGCCCCGGGCACCUCUCCUCAGGGGGCUCUGGGGACGGGCUGCAGGAGCCCCAGGCCGGCCCGGCCCUGGGGUGCCCUCCCCGGAGACCCCCUCUUCCCCUAGAAUUGCCUCCCCACCCCGGCGUCGCUCUCAGCUUUGCCUCCCUUUUGAGAAAUAAACUUGACUUAAGUUAUUGGA